AUGUUGGAAGGUGAAUUUCAAGCGUCAGUUAAGCUGACAUACAAAACGUCUUCUCAAACAACUACCGAUAUUGCAGGUCAAGUGAACCCCAAAUUGGUGUACGAUCCCUGCGACAAUGAUAUUCCCAUAGCGCAGGUGUAUGGAAAGAUGAAGCCGACGCCUGAAAUUUUGAAGAAUUCUGAUUUAUUGCAACUUGUUUCUGAAUGGGUUGCGAAAUUCUCAAAAGUUCUUGAGGAUAUUAGUGAAUCCCCUACAUCAAAUAUUAACGAAUUGGAUAGUAUUUUUGCACCCCAUUCAUUUUGGAAGGACCACUUAUGUCUUAGUUGGGAUUUCCAUCAAUAUAGUGAUUUAGGACAGAUUAAAGACUUCCUAAGUAAGCAAAUUCCAUAUUUUCAACUACAAAAUUUUCAGAUUAAUCGGACUGCGGAUUUGAGAUACGAUAACAGCAUUAGCAUCGCCACUAUUCAGGAUUCUACUGGAGAACAGCCAAUACCUAUUCAGUUGGUACAAUUCAUUGUUAAUUUUGACAAUUGCUAUGGAAAGGGUAGCGGGGUAAUCAGGUUGAUUCCUGUUGAUAAUAAAUUGAUAGCUUAUUCAGUCUACACUGGUCUUGAAAGUAUUAAAGGUAAUGAAGAGCAGCUUGGUUUUAACAGACCUGAAGGUGUCAAUCAUGGACAACAUAAAGCAAGAACUUCGUGGUUAGAAAAUCGAGAAAAAGAUUUUAUCUGGGGAGACAGCUCCAAACAGCCAACUGUUUUGGUCGUCGGAGGCGGUCAAAGUGGGUUGAAUAUAGCAGCAAGAUUGAAAUGUAUGGGGGUGGACACGUUAAUUGUUGAAAAAAAUCCAAAUAUUGGUGAUAAUUGGAGGAAUCGCUAUAAGUUUUUAGUCCUACAUGAUCCAGUUUGGGCCGAUCACUUAGCGUACAUGAACUUUCCAGAUACAUGGCCAAUAUUUACUCCCAAGGAUAAAUUAGGAGACUGGUUUGAGAAUUAUGCUAAGAAUAUGGAAUUAAGCUUCUGGGCAAACAAGACUGUUGUAGGUGCUGAUUUUGAAGAAGACAAAUCAACGUGGAUAGUCAAAGUUAUAGAUAAUGAUAGUGGAAAAAUGGACACUUUGAGACCAAAGCAUGUCAUAAUGGCAACCGGCCAUUCAGGUGAGCCAAAUAUUCCAUCGUUUGAAGAUCAGCAUAAAUUUAAAGGAAAAAUUGUUCACUCUUCUCAACAUUCUACUGGUAAAAUGUAUCAAGGUGAAAAUGCAUUGGUUGUUGGUUGUUGCAAUUCUGGUCAUGAUAUAGCUCAAGAUUUUUACGAACAGGGAGCUAAGCCAAUACUUGUUCAAAGAUCAAGUACAUGUAUCUUCACUGCAGAAGUUGGUGGUGAAAUAACUAACGAGGGGCUUUACGAAGAAGGUGGCCCACCAAUUGAUACCGCAGAUUUACUUUCUCAGUCAAUGCCUUGGAAAUUAUUGAACUUAACGUUACAACAACAAACUCGGAGAAUUGUUUCUUUGGAAAAAGAAUUACACGAUUCAUUAAAAAAUGUUGGCUUUAAUAUAGAUUAUGGUUAUGGUGGGACUGGAUUACCUGGUAAGUACUCAAGAAGAGGUGGUGGUUAUUAUAUUGACGUCGGCUGCUCUAGACUAAUUGCUGAAAGAAAAAUUUUAGUAAAGAAUGGACAGAGCAUUCACAAAUUUACUGAAGAUGGUGUCGUAUUCUCAGAUGGCUCUACAAUUGGUAACGUAGCUAUAGUUGUUUUAGCGACUGGCUAUUCAAAUAUGAAAGAGAGUGCUCGAAAAAUUUUCGGUUCAACAGUCGCUGAUAGACUUAAUCCUGUUUGGGGUCUCGAUGAUGAAGGUGAAACGAAAGUUAUGUACAGAGAUUCCGGUCAUCCAAACUUUUGGUAUAUGGGUGGAAAUCUUUUAUUAACAAGAUAUUUUUCAAAAAAAUUAGCUUUGAGAAUUAUCGCUCAAGAAAGAGAUUUCAUAAAAGAUUAA